GAUCUCGCAUGAUGAUUGCCGACACCCGAACCAUCGUUGCAUGCUACAUCCAUGCCCUGAAACAAGUGCUACCUCAUGACUCCCACUUGAAGCAGUUGGAGCAAAUGCUCGUGGACGAGAAAGGCGCCGCCGUCAAAGCGGAAUCGAUCUUGUUUGGUGGAACCCGCCUUCGAUGUGAAGACUUGGAGUCCAUGUUGGACACCCUCAUGACUAAAGUACGUGUUGGUUUCUUGAUCACUGUCCCCUUGCUAAAAUGUCUUGUCCAUAAUAGCACAUGGGGACGACAUUUCAUUUCCGUGACGACGUGUUCGAUGCCAUGAGCGAAGUUCGCCAGCAUGAGCAAUUGCUCUGCAGCUUGGAAGAGUACAUCGAAGCCGAUUUACCCGCAAAGGAACGUUUCCUCACCGUCAACUGUGCGCACAUGCGUACCCUGAUCGUUGUCAUGAUGAACUACCUCAAGGCACAGAUGCAGUCAACGUUCGACGUCGCCGCUCAAACAGACCAUGUCCUCGGUCCGUACCGUCGGAAUCUAGCUCGCGCCAAAAAGACCCUUCGAAAUCUACAUCACUUCCUCGUUAAUCCGUCAAAUGAGUUGGACGUUGACGCGAAACUCGCUGCGUUGGACGCCGCCAUGGCACACGCGCACGAGCAUGACUUUACCUUCGACCCGACUGUCUUCAACUUUGGCCGAGAGGCCCUUGUCGAUGGCAUGCAGCAAAUAGUUGACGAGUGGACGAACGUGGCGCGACAAGUCCGCACGUUCAAGAGGAUCCGCCAGGGCCUGAGUCCUGCCACGAGUCCUCUGUCCAUCAAUUCCACAUCUUAAAAACUAUUUAUCCUUCCACGGAUCAUAAUAAAAUAAUAAUGUUAAAUAUACUAGUACUUGGC